AUGGCUUCCGUAUCCGCGAUCCUCCACACCACCGCGGCCGCGCGGGUCGCGCCGAAGUGCGCGCGCGCGACGCGCGGCGGCGCGCGCGCGAGCGCCGCGCGCGCGUCCGCGCCGGGCCGGAAAUCGUCGAGCGAGAAAUCGCUCCUCCUUAGCGCUCGCGCGGCGACCGCGCCCGCGGGGCUCUUCCGGGCGUCCGCGGCGCCGAGCACGCGCCGCGGCGCUCGCGUCGUGACCUCCGCCGCGGCCGACGACGAAGAGAAGGUCCCGUUCGGGUACACGAGGCAGGACGUCAUCUUAAUCGGCGUCGGCGUCACCGCCCUCGGGUUCGCGCUCUACUACGGCCUCCAAGCGAAGGGCGUGUCCGCGAUCUGGGCGGGGAACAUCGUUCAGCUCACGUUCGUCGGCGGGCUGACGGUGGCCUGGGUCGGGUCCUACGUCGGGCGAGUCAUGAACAAGGACAUGACGUACGUGAAGCAGCUGAAGGACUACGAGGACGCGGUGAUGGCGAAGCGUUUGGAGGAGCUCCCGGAGGCGGAGCUGGAGAAGAUGAUGGAGGAGAUCAGCAAGCUCGAUCCCAAGUGA